CCGGGCCCUCGCCUCCCCCGGCGACAAGGCCGGGUGCGCCUACGGCCGGCCGCUGGUCCACCGGUGCAAGGACGCGUGCGAGCUCCAGUGCGACAAGGAGCGGGACCGGCGCGUCUGGGCCUACGACCUGCCGGCGCCCGCGGGCCAGUCCGGCGCGCCGAAGCGCUACGUCGCGGCGACCGUCGACGAGCUCGAGCGCGCGCUCCGCCGCGUCGCGCCCGGCGACCGCCACUGCUACGAGGUCAUCGACGCGCGGCGGCCGUGCUGGCCCUACUUCGACCUCGAGUUCUACCGCGGCGGCGCGCUCAACGCGGGCGUCGACGGCGACGCGCUCGCCGCGCGCGUCGUCGACGCGGCCGUCGCGGAGCUCGAGGCGGCGGCGGCGCGCGAGGACCCGCCGGCGGCGCUCCGCGUCGAGGCCGUCGUCCUCGCGUCGGAGCGGCCGGCCAAGUUCAGCCGCCACGUCGUGCUCCGCGUCUUCCGCGGCGACGGCGCGCCGGCGCCGCUCGCGGGCUCGCGCGCCGCGGGCGUCCUGGCCGCGCGCGUCUCCGCGGCGCUCGGCCCCGCGGGCGUCGUCGAGGCCGAGGGCCGCAAGCCCACGGCCUUCGUGGACGCGGGCGUCUACACGCGCGCGCGCUGCUUCCGCCUCGAGGGCUGCAGCAAGCUCGGCGCGGCGGCCGGCUCGGCCCUCGCGGUGUCCGGCCGCGCCGCGCGCGGCGCGCCCGGCCCGGUCCCGGCGGCGCCGGGCCUCCGCGGUACGCUCGUCGCCCCGGUGCUCCUCGCGGCCCCGCGGUGCCUCGGCCUCGACGCGCCCGCGGCGCCGGCGGCGCCGGCGCCGCCGGCGACGGCGCCCGCGCCCGCGGCGCCGGCGCCGCGCGCGCCGGCGGGCCGCGUCGACGCCGCGGCCUGGGAGCGGGCCUGGCGCGGCGCGACGGCGACGCCGCUCCUCGACGUCGUCUCCCUCGACCACCCCUACAUCACCGUGUCGACGCGGGGCGCCGGCCGGCCGCCGCCGCCGCUCGACGCCGUCUUCGACGCGGCCUUAGCGUCGCUCCGCGGCGCGGCCGGCGGCGAGCCGCGGGCGUCGCGCUGGGCCUACAAGGCCGCGGCGCACCCGUCGGAGCGGCUCCUGCACGUGACGCUCGGCGGCGCCGUGGUCUGCGCGUCCAAGGGCCGGCACCACAAGUCCCAGAAGGCCAUCGUCACCGCGGACCCGGUCUCCGGCGCGUGCUGGCAGCGCUGCUGGGACGCCGCGGACUGCUCGACGGUCGCGGCCAACGCCGCGGGCGGCGCCGUCACGAACCUGGGGACCUUCGAUACUGUGAACGAGUGCGCGGCCGCCGGCGCCGCGUUCGCGGCGGAGGAGUCGAAGACCUGCGACUACAUCAUGUGGUCGGACCGAUUUAGCGACUGGCAGAGGAGCCAGGAUACGCCUAGGAUACCCGGCAAGAAGAAGUGGAAGACCUGCGCGUGGGUCGGCAAGCAGCCCGCGAAGCGCUGCAAGGACACCAUCAAGUCCAGGGACGGCGUCACGGCCAGCGUCGCCUGCCCCGAGGCCUGCGACGCCUGCCCGGCGGACGCCCAGCCCGCGCCGAAGCCCACGCCGAAGCCCACGCCGAAGCCCACGCCGAAGCCCACGCCGGGGCCCACGCCGGGGCCGGCGGACGAGCCGUCGUGCGCGGACUCGACGACGUGGUACCAGGGCAAGAAGAAGUGGAAGACCUGCGCGUGGGUCGGCAAGCAGCCCGCGAAGCGCUGCAAGGACACCAUCAAGUCCAGGGACGGCGUCACGGCCAGCGUCGCCUGCCCCGAGGCCUGCGACGCCUGCGAGCCCGCUUGCGAGGACGACGAGACCUGGUUCUCGAAGAAACGCAGCAACAACUGCCGGUGGGUCGCCGAAAAGCCCGACUCACGCUGCAGCAAAAAGAGCGACGACAAGGUCAAAGCGAAGGAUGCCUGCCCCGUGGCCUGCGGCACCUGCGUGUAA